AUGGAUUCCCCAUUCCCCAAGGCCAGGGGCUUCGUCUCCAGCGCGGAGCUGAGCAUGAAGCAAACGGUGCCGAGCGCGCCGGGGCCCGAGGGCAGGUCCCGCUUCCAGAAGGUCUCGCUGGUGUCGCGGCGGCUGGAGAGCAGCGGGAGCGCCCGGGGCCGGGAGGGGAGUCCCUCCCGCGUCUCCCUCCUGCUGCAGGCCUGGGAGAAGGAGAUCGUGGAGAAGACGGCGCCCGGCCCGGGCAGCCUGGCCCCGCGGGAGCGUUCGUCCUCCUCCCUCAGCCUCCUCAAGGACUUCACCGCGCACGGCCCCGUCUUCUCCCAGGUGUAUUCCCCGGCGCAGAAGCCCCGACGGCAGGACGAGCGGGGGAAGGCGGGGGAGGGCGAUGGUGUCCCCCCACCCGUGGUUCCCCCCCGUGAGACGCCGGUGCACCGGGAGAGCUACGUGCACGGCACCCUCCUCCCCAUUCGUCCCUCCGAGAUCCCCAAGGCGGGUCCCGGGGCAGGGGCCGGUGCUCCGCGCACCGCCGAGCCCGGUUGUGUCCCUGCCGUGCCCAGACCCCGGCAGGUCACGGUGCUCCGGACAGGCAGGGACGCAGCCGGGGCUGAGCUGGGGCCGGUGGGGACACGGGAAGCCCGGAACGGGAUGCACGACGCUGCCGGUGCCACCACGGCCCCGCCACAGCGGGAGAGCCACGGGCAGGAUGGCAGCAGCUUCACCGGCACCGUGGCGAGCACUGAGAGCUCCCCGGGCACCACAGAGACCACCGGGCUCCCGGCCGAGGGAUCCCCUGGGGAGAACCACUCGCCACAAGCUGGAGCUGUGCCAGUGAAACCAGCCCAGAGGGACAGUGACAGGCCCGGGAACCCCCAAACCAGUACAACCAGCUCCCCACAGUGUCCCUUGGUGGGCUCUGGUGGCCAGGCUGAUCCAGCUGGAGCAGGAGAGGGAAGCACAGCAGAGGAGGAUGGCACCAUUUCAGCCACACCACCGAGGACAGAGACCCCCCCAGGAGCUGGCAGCACCCCUGAAAACCCCUCCUCAGAGCCAAGUGAUCCAGAGUCUUCAUCUGAAGCAGCAGCACCUCCAAAGGCUGAGCCUGAAUUGGAGGAGGGAGAGAUGACAGAAGACCCCCAGGGCAUGGCUGAAGAGCCCAAGAGCAGCCCAGAGCCCCCUGCCGAGCCCCCAGCUCCUGACCCCCCAUCCGAAAGCCCCCUGGACACUACUGAGGAGGACCCCGAGCUGCUGGUGGACAUGGAGAUCUUCGUGGACACGCUGCGCAACAUGGAGCCCUCGGAGAUGCGGAAGGUGCCCAAAGCCCCGCGCCAGCCCCGGCCCUCAGCCCUGGGCCGCUGUGCCCCCCUGCCCCCCAUCCAGGAGGACGGCGUGGUCCCCCGUGGCCCCCUGCCCCUGCCCCAGGCCCUGCACGAGCUGCUGGCACGGGGGACCACGGGCGACAGCCCCGAGGAGGAGCUGGAGAUCGAGAACCCCUACCUGAGCCCCGAGGAGCGGGCGCUGGCCAGGACCCUCCGUGGGGUGUCCCGGGACAGCGUGGCGGGUGAUGGCCGCGUGGAGGGGGACUCGCUGCUGGGGACACUGAGGCACGUGGGGGCAGAGGAGAAGGGCAGGUUGUUGGGCGGGGGCUUGGGCGAGCGCAGCGUCCUGUUCCGAGGGAACGUGCUGAAGGGAAUGGCGCUGCUCUCCCACUUCCUGGAGCAGCGGGCGGCCGCGGCUGAGGAGCCCAAGCCUUACUCCCGCCUGGACAACAGCGUGCUCUACAGCCGCUUCGUCACCCCCAGCACUGUCCCCUCCGGGGACACGGGCUUGCCCACCCCCAGUGACCACAAUGGGCUGGGCCCUGGUGGCCAUCCAGGCCCUGAGAUGGCCGUGCUGGAAGCCCCAAGUCCUGGCUCCAUCUCUCCUGUGACUGAAGAGCCAGAGAACACCAUGGACCUGUGCCUGCCUGAUGUCCUGCAGGAGGACGAGGAGGGCUUCAAGAAGAUCAACAUGAGACCUGGCAAGAUCAUCCUCUUCUCCGAGGCUGGAUUCGCGGGCCAGAAACGGGAGAUCUGGGGUGAUGUCCCCGACGCCACGUCCUGGGAGCUCUCACACACCAUCUCCAUCCGAGUCAUCCGAGGCGGGUGGGUGAUGUACGAGAAGCCGCGGUUCCACGGGCGCAAGUGUGUGUUGGCUGAGGGGGACGUGGAGAUCAACAACCCCUGGACGGCGUUCGGGCAGCCGGGCGGCAGCCGCCCCUUCCGCAUCGGCUCCUUCAAGCGGGUGGUGCGGGAUUACCGCACCCCCGAGAUCAGCCUGUUUGCCGAGGAGAACGGCGAAGGAGCCCGGCUGAAGUUCACCGGCUCGGCCGAGGACACUCGCACCCGGGGACAGCCCCUCGCUGCUGCCUCCAUCAUCGUCCACUCGGGCCUGUGGCUGGUUUACUCCAAGCCUUUCUUCGAUGAUGAUCCCUACGUUUUGGAGCCGGGCGGGUAUCCCAAUUUAAAGGCUUGGGGAGCCAAGGACCCAUCCAUCUGCUCCAUGCACCCCAUCAGGAUGGGCUGCCCUGUUGUGGAGAGACCUGGAGAGCCACAGGUGCUCAUCUACGAGGCCACCAGUUUCCAGGGCCGCAGCUUCACCAUCAGUAGAGACAUCUACGACCUGAAGAGCCUGCCCGGGCCAGCACUGCCCACCGUGGGCUCCCUGCGUGUCCUGGGUGGCUGCUGGGUUGGCUACGAGAAGGAGGGAUUCCGUGGUCACCAGUACCUGCUGGAGGAAGGGGAGUACCAGGACUGGAGGCACUGGGGCGGCUACGGCGAGGAGCUGGUGUCCUUACGGCUGAUACGGACGGACUUCUCCGACCCAGCACUGGUCCUUUUCGAGGCCAUGGACUUCGAGGAGGGCCCGAGUGUGGAGCUGAGCGAGGCGCUGCCCGACACGCAGCUGGCCGGCUACGGCAGCGUCACCCAGUCCAUCCACGUGCUGAGCGGCGUGUGGGUGGCCUACGAGGGCACCAACUUCUCUGGCGAGCAGUACAUCCUGGAGAAGGGGGUGUACCGCAACUGCGAGGACUGGGGUGCCACCGACUGCCGCAUCGCCUCGGCACAGCCCAUCCUGCAGGUCGGGGAACACAACCUCCAUUUCGUCUCCAAGAUCCUGCUCUUCUCAGAACCUGACUUCUUGGGGGACCACGUUGCCUUUGAGGAGGAUCAGGAUGCCCUUCCCGACACCUUCAUCCCACGCUCCUGCAGAGUCCGGGGGGGCAGCUGGAUCCUGUUUGACGGGCAGGACUUCACAGGGGAGCAGCACGUGCUGUCAGAGGGCGAGUACCCCACGCUCAGCGCCAUGGGCUGCCUCUCCUCCACUGCCAUCUGCUCCUUGAAGAAGGUCCCAGUGUUUUUCUCAGAGCCUUCCAUCUUCCUGCACGGGCUGGAGUGUUUUGAGGGGAAGGAGAUCGAGCUGAACAACGAAGUGAGGAGUCUCCAGGCAGAGGGAUUCAACAACCACGUGCUGUCGGUGCGAGUCAAAGGCGGGAUCUGGGUGCUGUGUGAACACGGUGACUUCCGAGGCCGCCAGUGGCUGCUGGACUGCACUGAGAUCACCAACUGGCUGACCUACAGUGGGCUCCAGCACGUGGGGUCCCUCUACCCCAUCCGCCAGAGACGGAUCUAUUUCCGCAUCAGGAGCAGGGAGCUGGAGCUCUACCUCUCCGUCCCCGAUGACGUGGAGGACAUGAAAGCAGGACGGGUGGUGGUCUCCAGCCUGAGUGAGCAGAGCAGCUCCAUCUGGUACUACGAGGAUGGGCUGAUCAAGAACCAGGUUGCCCCCAACAUGAGCCUGCAGGUGAUCGGGCCGGCCGGGAAGGGCGCCAAGGCUGUGCUGUGGUCUGAGAGCCGGAUGCCGCGUCAGACCUGGAGCGUCGAUUCUCAGGGCCGGAUCCACAGCCAGAUGUUUGAGGACAUGAUCCUCGACAUCAAGGGUGGCCGAUCCUACGACCGGGACCACGCCAUUGUCUGGGACAUGGCUGAGGAAAGACCCACACAGAUCUGGGACAUACAGGUGCUAUGA